AUGUCUACGCCGACCAGCCGCGGUCAACGUGGUGGCAGCGCGACCAGAGGUGGGGGACGAGCCACUCCAUUCCAGCCUACCAGAGGUCGUGGUAAUUCCAGAGGAGGCGCGACACCUUCAGCGACUCCACGUGGACGAGGAAGGGGACGUGGUGGAGCAGCAACAAGUACUGGCGGUGGACUCUUGCAGAAGCUUCGUGCUGGCACCAUGCAGAGAGGAUCUACUGGAAAUACAGUCGCGUCUGGAGGAGGUACGAGAGCUGGACUGCGCGCUUUCCUGAAGAGUGGAAUCAUUGACGAAAUAACAGGACGUGGUUCAAACACUGCACACCGAGGCUCCUUUCCUGCGACAACCACUCAAACGCGAGGGCGUGGACGCGGACGCGGCUAUGUCUCCCAGGCUUUCAACGAAACCAAAACACCGCCGUCGGCUACUCCUUCGCGCACGUCCUCUCCUGCGCCAUCAAACCAGAGAGACUUUAUGAAUGCUGCUAUUGACAGAUUCACCGUCCUCAAACAAGAACGAGAAGGAGAGCGCGCGCAAGCUAUUCGCGAUGGUUUUCUCGCCGAUCCUGAUAAGAAGACAAGUCUCGACAAUGCCAUUACGCCAGUUGGAACCUGUACAGACAUGUGCCCUCCCUUUGAAAGAGUUGAACGCAUUGUGCAGAAUAUGGUUGACAAAGCUGAAAAGGUCCAUAACGAUGACACAGGCAAGGACAUGCCUUCGGAGGAUCGUAUGGUAAAGCGAUUUCGACGAUCUGCUGCAGGAUACGACGAGCAGCUUCCCUCAGACAUACGGACGCCGGAAACUCUCCGCCGAACACUCGACUAUCUCCUCAACAACAUCAUUGGAGGAAAUGAACGGCUGGCGACUGUCCACAAAUAUGUCUGGGACAGGACAAGAGGCAUUCGAAACGACUUCUCCAUUCAGCAAGUCUCCAGGCCGGAAGAUGUUCGGAUCGCUGUCGAAUGCUACGAAAGGAUCGCCAGAUUCCACAUUCUUUCUCUACACCAGUUGGCUAAUGCAGAUAAUCUCUGGGAAGGCGAGAACUUUGAUGCCCAUCAGGAGCGAGAGCAGUUGAACAACACUCUUCUUUCCUUGCUAUACUAUUAUGAUGACCACAGACAAAAUAUCGACUUUCCGAACGAGGGUGAGUUCCGGGCUUACUGUAUCAUCUUUGAAAUGCAAUCGCAAAACCCGGACCUCGAGGAUCGAGUUCAAUCCUGGCCGAAAGCUCUUUUGCAAGAUCGAAGAGUCAAAACUGCAUUGAAGCUCUAUAAAGCUGCGGGCAACACCCUCUUUGACCAGGGCCCGUUACGACCGAUGGAAACAUUUGCCAUUGCACAAAACAACUUGGGCAGCUUCUGGCAGGUGCUUUCAUCAAAUGCGGUGCCUUACAUCAUGGCGUGUGUUGCGGAAAUCUAUUUCGGCCCAAUCAGAUUUGCUGGACUGGAUGCGUUAUGGCAUUCUGCAAAGAGUGCACCGGCAGGUCAGCAGGCCAGAUCUCGAGACUGGAGCCUUUCGGAUCUCACAACAUAUCUUCACUUCGACACUGAAGAAGAGACGAAAGACUUCUGUGGUGCGUUUGAGCUAGAUUUCACCACGGACGGCGAUGCGGAAUAUCUAGAUCCAACCUCAAAUGGCGAUGCCAACCUCGAUCAAUCUUCCAUUCCACGACAACAAUCCUUCUCGCAUGACAUAGUCGAGAAGAAGCGAUACCGCCGAUCGUUGACAGCAGUUAUCAAUGGCGUAUCUGUGGCUCAAGCAAUUCGAGAGGGUUGGGUUGAAGCUGAUGAUGAGCUGGAAGCCGAACAGGCAGAGGUUCAAAAUGAUGAGCAGAGUCUCUUCGUGCCGGAGGGUAGGUCAUUUGGCGACUCCUCCACCCCGUCAAUCUUCGGCCCAGGCCUCAAUCCUGGUGCGUCGAUUUUCAAACCGGCAGGAGCAUCGUCAUCGCCUGUUGAAAAGGUAUCGAGCUUCGGCCAGCCUACUGACUUUGCCAAAUUUGGCAUAACCGCACCUCCUUCGAGCUCUACCACCUUUGGAGGUGCCACUACGCAAACGGCAAGCAUGCCAGACAACACUUCGACUGUAUUUGCCAAACCGGUGGUUGAAGAGAGGAAACCGUUCUCGACGUUCGGUCAGCCGACUAGUGCGACUGCUCCAACUGUGAGCCAGCCCUUUGCCUUUGGUUCAUCUACUCAGUCGGCUCCGUUACAGACACCAUCAACGCCUUCACCAACCAGUCUUGGAAUAUUCGGAGGCGCGAAGAAGAAUGAGCCGAGUGCAGUGGGGCCAGUACAGCAACAUACAUCCUCAGGCUUCAAUUUCGGGAAGCCACCAUCAACAACUUCAGUUGCACCUGCACCCAGAGCACAAGAACAAACGACAGCAGCGACAGUUUCAAAUGUGACAGUCUCAUCUGGCACCUUUAACUCAUCAAACCCCACCUUCCCACCCUUCCCUCCCGGCAGCCUGCAAUUAUCAGAUGAUUCAACCACAAUAUCUACGACCCCAUCUGCCGCACCACCAACCAGCACUCAGUUCAAGUUUCCAACCUUCAAUUUCACAAAUCCCUCAGAUUCAUCAAACUCGUCUGUUCCCUCAAAUCUGCCAGCUACCCAACCACCUGUACUGUAUCAACAGCCUCCUUCCAAUAAUCAGUCCGCAACAUCUGAGCCGGUCUCAGGGUCGCAACCUUUCAAGUUUCCUUCAGUUUCCUCACAAUCCUUACCUCAAUUUUCUACCCAUUCGCCGCCACCUCCAGCAACUCUUGCUGAGAACACAUCCCAAUCGACACCAUCCACCACUCAAGAUACCUCGACAGCAAGCAAAGCACAAUCGCAGAUUUCUGCUCCUCCGAGUAUUGGUGUAAACCAUUCAUCACAGACAUUUCACUCCCCUUCAGUGAAACCACCAAUAAGUACCCCAACUGCUCCAGCUGACAAGAAAACAAUCACACAAAAAUCUUUGAACACCUUGUCCACCACGCCAAAGGCUCCAUCACCACUUAGAAAUACCUUCUCUGCACCCCAGCCUCAACCAACAACUUCUCCAGAUCCAAGCGUCACGCAAAAAGAAAGAGAUCGACUCACGAAGGACUUUGCUCGGGUAGCACUGCUAAAGCAAAACGGUCUCAUACAGCAGUACAUUGAGUACAAUCUACCUGAAAUUGUCAAAUCAGUCUUCAAUCAGCACCAUCGUGAUAUUCAUCGUGCAGCUGUUGCUUCGAUUCGUGAGCGUAUUAUGAAGCGCAAAUUUGCCAACCUCUGGAGAGCAUUGACCUGGAACAAGAUUCUCCGUCGUAGGGCAAACAAUCGCCGCCAGCAAUUCUCUGAAACCAUCAGAGCAAUCGAAGACAAGCAAAAGAAAGCUGAUGAAGAGCUACAAGCCAUCAUGGCGGCUGUUCAGGAAACCAAACGCGUUCAGCGUGAGAUGCAAGACAAAGCAGAGUUGGACCAAGAAGUGAAAGAAAUGCUUGCAGCCAGAAAGAAGACUUACGAAGCAACUCACAACGUGCAAAAGGUUGCUGGGCAAAAACGAAAGAGCCUGUCUGCGCACGAUAAUCCCAUGGACGCCAACGGAGCCGUCAACCCCGGGCCAUCAACACCAAGUCACAAACGUUCUAGGACCCUUGGUACACUCUCUGCACCAUCCAACUCUAGUUUGAGGUAUGCUAAGCCUGUUCCCGGCGCAUAUCCUCCUGCUGGGUCACCAUCAGUCUUCUCUCAGUCUUCACUGCUGGGCCGCUCUUUCAGUAAUCAUAGCUUGCGUCAAUCCAUGUCCAGUGGCAGACUGAGUCACGAUGACCGACCAAAGCUUGAUACAACUAAGACUGAUUAUUUCAGACUUAAGGCUCUUGGUAUUGACCCAGAAACACCCCUGGUCCCAUUAACCGACAACCAAGUCGAAUUGAAGAGAAAAAGAGAAGCUGAAGAGAAGCGACGUCAGAUUGAUAACUUGAAACGUCCGCGGUAUUAUGGAGGGAGCUUCAGACCACAGGCGAGCCCAAGUCCACCACCGACAGUUUCUGAAUCCUCACUCCAAGUUCCCUCGCCUCUUGAACCAGUCUAUCAUGAACCAAAGACUAAGACCAAACGACCAGUCCAGGAUGACGACGAUGACCUUCUGGAGCGAGCUAGAGCUCAACGCAAAGAACUAGAAACGGGAACAAAUUGGCUCAGGGAUACUAGGUUGCAACUUGACAAGCAGAUUGAUCAAGAAGUGGAGCGCAGAAUCGAAGAGGAACUGAGUGCACGCACCGCCCACUCAACUCCUAACAAAUCACCUAAUGGCUUGGCUCGCGCCAAUGGGUACGAGUACUUGCCUGCUCCAGCUCAACCUGGUCUUCCCUUAUCCCGCACAGAACAACGAAUCCGCGCCACAGGUGCUCGUGGACUUGCCUUUAAGCCGUUGCGUUCACAUGCCGAUUAUGUACCUAUUGGAGUGGCAAUGUCCAAACGCAGUGCCUUAAAAUACAGCGGCGAAUUGACCAGCCAGCAAGUUUCUAGCCCACUGAGGAGUGCAUCUAUCGAUCAUCUUGAUAUUGAUCCAACUCUUCGUGGCAGUGCGACCUUGCACAGAAACUUCGUCUCGCAGAAGGCGGUCUCGAAGAAACGACCCUAUGAUGCCAGCGAAGAUGAAGAAGAAGAAGAACAUGAGUCUUACCGACCCGCACCUCCAAAACCCCAAUAUCAUCCACACCACGCUCUUGCGGACGCUGAUGAGGAGUCUGCCGAGGAAUAUGAAGAGGAUUCCCGAGGAAGGGGAGGAUAUGAUGAAGGGGAUUACCAAUAUGACGACGAAGGUGAAGAUGAGGAGGAAGAACUUGAAGAGGACGAUGAUCUCUAUGAAGACGAAGAGGACGGAUUCGACAUAGACAAUCGACCGCACAGCAACGGGAGUUACUCACUUCCUCCAGAGGAAUUCGUCGAUGAUGGACGAAGUCCAUCUACCAACGCAGUAGCCAGUCGGGCCGCGAGCAGUGCGCCCGGAGCGAGUGCAGAUGAUGCCUUUGUAUUGAGUGACAGCGAUUGA